GUCCCAUUCUAUGAAUCUAUGAAGCAAAAACACCCCUCUCUCUAACCUUGCAUCACAUCACAAUCCCCCCAAUAGGAAGAAAAAGAAAAGAAGAAAGAAAUGGCCUUCUACAGCAAACCCAAGAAGCCCCAUCUCAUCUCUUUCCACUCCAAUCUCAAUCUGUGCACGACUCUUUUCUUCCUACUUGUCUUCACCGUUCCCUUGUUUCUCCUCCACACCUGCACCUACUCCCUCUGCACCACUUUUGCCCCAAACAACGUCAGCUCUUGGUCAGGUGACCUUAGAAAGGCUGAAUUUGCGUGGAACCGGCUUCCUUUCACCCAUAUUCAACCCCCGCCAAUCAGACUCAGUCGCUGUUUUCUCCCGAAAAUGCCUAUCGGCACCACCCCAGGCGGCAUGGAGCGCCAUGCCUACACCUUGCACACCGCUCUAGCUCGCCGUGGUCACCAAGUUCAUGUAUUUACAUCCCCUGUUGAUGAUGGAAAAGCUCACCCUGAUACCCCGACCUCUUCUGCUAACUCCCCACGAAUUCACUGCCACGAAGGUGAAGUUGGUAAGUGGCGAUACAACAAGGCUUGGGAGCUCUUCAAUGAAGAGAACCAGCGUGGACCAUUCGACGUCAUUCAUUCCGAAAGCGUGGCUCUUCCUCAUUGGUUGGCUCGCAAUCUUAAGAAUCUUGCUGUUUCAUGGCAUGGCAUAGCCCUCGAAAGCUUACAAUCAAGUAUUUACCAAGAUUUAACUCGUAAGCCCAAUGAACCGAUGUCGCCUGCUUUUAACGUGAGUUUAUAUGGAGUUGUCCCAAAAGUGCUUAACGAAAUAAGGUUCUUCCACAACUAUGCCAAUCAUGUUGCAAUCAGUGAUAGUUGCGGGGAGAUGUUGAGGGAUGUGUAUCAGAUUCCUAGGAAAAGAGUCCAUGUCAUCCUCAAUGGUGUUGAUGAAAAUGGUUUUCGAAACGACUUAUCCUUAGGCCGUGACUUCCGGUCGAGGAUUGGUGUCCCCAGAAAUGGUAGUUUGGUGCUAGGUGUAGCGGGAAGAUUGGUGAAGGAUAAAGGGCAUCCUUUGCUUUAUGACGCUUUCUCCAAGCUCAUAAGAAAGCACCCUGGUGUGUAUUUGCUCGUUGCUGGGUCUGGACCAUGGGAGCAACGAUACAAGGAAUUAGGCCCUCGCGUACUAGUUUUGGGCUCUAUGGCUCCAUCCCAACUCAGGGCUUUUUACAAUGCAAUCGAUAUUUUUGUGAAUCCAACACUCAGGCCUCAAGGGUUAGACCUCACUCUUGUGGAAGCAAUGAUGAGCGGAAAACCGGUCAUGGCAUCGAGGUUUCCAAGCAUUCAAGGCAGUAUUGUUGUUGAUGAUGAGUUGGGGUUCAUGUCUCCCAAUGUGGACUCGUUGUUGGACAUUAGAGAGGGUGGUGAGGGAAGGUCCAAGAGGCUAGCGCAAAGGGGAAAGGCAUCGCGGGAGUAUGCAGCUUCUAUGUUUACGGCAAGCAAGAUGGCUCUGGCAUAUGAAAGAUUGUUUCUUUGUAUCAAAAACGACACAUUUUGCGUCUAUCCUUAGGAUAUAGUUCUAUGCAGUAGUAGCGUUAGUGCAUUCUUUUUUAGUUCUAGUUCUAGUAAAAAUUCAUAACUUUCAACCUUGCAUUCAUCUAAAAGAAUGAGGAACAAUACUGUAUUUGUAUGCUAUCAGCAAGUAUCGACUCAAUAAUAAUGUUGGCACUUUGGUCUGAGCCCAAACAAAAGAGA